GCACUAUCACGCCUUCUUCCCUUCUCUCUUCGAUCUUCAUAUAUUUAUAUAUAUGAGUGUCUCUGCUGGACGCUUCCAUUAUAGUUGAGCUAGCCAAACCAAACACAUCAACUUUUUUCUCUUUGACAUGGCUAGCAAUAAUCAUCAUCAUCAGUAUCAGAAGAAUGCCAUGUACGUAGAAACUCCGGAAGCGUUUGGCGAUGGAGGCAAGAACUUCGACGACGACGGACGAGUCAAAAGAACCGGGACGUGGGUGACUGCGAGUGCCCACAUCAUAACGGCUGUGAUAGGCUCUGGUGUGCUGUCACUGGCUUGGGCAAUAGCUCAAAUGGGAUGGGUGGCUGGGCCUGCCGUCCUCUUUGCCUUCUCUUUCAUCACCUACUUCACCUCCACUCUUCUUGCUGACUGCUACCGUUCACCUGACCCCGUCCACGGCAAGAGAAACUAUACUUAUUCCAUGGUUGUCAGAUCCAUCCUAGGAGGUAGGAAAUUUCGGCUGUGUGGAUUAGCUCAGUACAUUAAUCUUAUAGGCGUGACCAUCGGCUACACGAUAACUGCGUCAAUUAGUAUGGUGGCAGUGAAAAGAUCGAACUGUUUUCACAAACACGGGCAUCAUGAGAAAUGUUAUAUAUCAAACAACCCUUUUAUGAUCAUGUUUGCGUGCAUCCAAAUCGUGCUCAGCCAGAUACCAAACUUCCACAAGCUCUGGUGGCUCUCUAUCGUCGCAGCCGUUAUGUCUUUUGCUUAUUCUUCCAUUGGCCUGGGACUCUCUAUAGCUAAAGUCGCAGGUGGGGAACACGUACGAACAUCUUUAACGGGAGUGCAAGUUGGUGUGGACGUGACGGGAUCAGAGAAGGUUUGGAGGAUGUUCCAAGCCAUCGGAGACAUUGCCUUCGCUUAUGCUUUUUCUAAUGUUCUUAUCGAAAUCCAGGAUACCCUCAAAUCAAGCCCUCCAGAAAACAAAGUAAUGAAGAAAGCAAGUUCGAUCGGCAUCUUCACCACGACCAUAUUCUAUGUGCUGUGCGGGUGCGUAGGUUACGCAGCAUUUGGAAAUGACGCACCCGGAAACUUCCUCACAGGGUUCGGCUUCUAUGAGCCCUUCUGGCUCAUUGACUUUGCCAACGUCUGCAUCGCCGUCCACUUAAUCGGAGCAUACCAGGUGUUUUGCCAGCCCAUAUUUGGGUUCGUGGAGAACUGGAGCAAGGAAAGAUGGGGCGAGAGCAAGUUCGUAAAUCACGAGCAUGCUCUGAACAUUCCAUUGUGCGGGACGUAUAACUUGAACUGGUUCAGGUUAGUGUGGAGGACUGCUUAUGUGGUGGUGACGGCGGUGAUAGCGAUGAUGUUCCCGUUCUUCAAUGACUUCUUGGGGCUCAUUGGGUCGCUCUCGUUCUGGCCAUUGACGGUUUACUUCCCGACAGAGAUGUAUAUUAAGCAGUCGAAUAUGCGGAGAUUCUCCUUCACGUGGACUUGGCUCAAGAUAUUAAGCUGGGCCUGCUUGAUCGUUUCCAUCAUCUCUGCUGCUGGCUCCAUCCAAGGCCUUGCUCAAGAUCUCAAGAAGUACCAGCCCUUCAAACCUCAACAAUGAUCGUUUGCAUGCUUCAUCAAUUAAUAUUCAGAUUCAAGUGCUAUAUGUGUGUGUGUGUGUGUGUGUUUAUAGCUUUCUGUUCUAUCACCUUUAAUAAAUAGCUACCUAGGUAUAUUAGUCCAUGGAUAAUUAAUUAAUGUUAUCAAAUGUUCCUCUGAA